UCAAAAAUAAUCACAAAUAUUGUACGAUCAUAACCUCCACCAAACACUUUUUGUUGAAUAUAAUGUAUUUGAAAUGACGCAAGCUUACAACUAUUACAAUGAGUAUCAGAAAAACGCAGAAUUACAACAAAAUCUGAAAUACAAACAAAAAUAUCGAAGACUAAAAAGGAUCGUAAAGGAUACGGUUUUUGAAAAUGCAGCACUAUGUGAUCAAGUUGCACAAAUGCAGGAAAAUCUUGUGCUUGUGAAAGAAGAGAGACUAUUCCUUUUACGUAAAUUAUGUCAACAACAAGGUGAUAUAGAUCCUUCCACUGUGACAGCUAGAUCUCAGUCAAAUAGUAUUAAUUCUAUUGCAUUUAACUCAGAAUGUUCUACACCUAAGAAAACUGCAAAGAAAAGAGUCUCAACUGAUGGUACAGAAACAAAAAGUAAAACUAAACGUUAUAAUAAGACAACACGGAAAGUAGUUCAGUUGAUACCAUUGGACGUGCAUGGAAGACCAAUAUUUCCUAUUGCUUUGGGUGACAUGACUGUGUACUCUCUUGGAGAAGUAGUAUCUGAUAGAAUAGCAUAUCACACAGAAGAUCUCAUUUAUCCAGUAGGUUAUUGCAGUACAAGAGUAUAUGCUAACUUGAGAGAUGUGAAAACAAAAAGUUUAUAUACUUGUAAAAUACUAGAUGGUGGACAGAAACCAAGAUUUGAAAUAGUAUCUGAUAAUGACCUUGAUCAACCAUUGGUUGGAUCUAGCCCUGACGAGUGUCAUUCAAAAUUGUUAGUGGCAAUUUCUCCUGUAUUGCGUUCAAUAACACCAAAGGGGGCUGACUUUUUUGGGAUUUCACAGCCUACUAUACAAAAUCUUAUACAAAGUACACCUGGAACACGCAAACUUGCCAUAUACAAACAACAACGAUUUGAAGUAAGUAAGAAUCAAACAAUGGAAAGAGGUACAAGUCCAAUAACGGAAGAAGAAACAGAUCCAGGACUUGGAUUUGCUGCUCUGCAUAGGCAUUAUGCUUUAACAAAUUCUUAUAGAAUUAAAGAAGAACCUACUGAUCGUGAUAUUUUAGCACUUCAAGAACUUCUUGCGUGA